AUGGCACAAAAUACUAUGUAUUAUUUAGUAGGCAGCAAAGUUGUAAAAAAAGAAAUAACGUUGAUGAAAUAUGAAACUCUACAGAAUGAUCAUCAUAAACCGAUGGCUAUAAGCUUAGUAGAAAACUUUGUUAGUGCUAAUAAUGAAGACAUUAAGAAAUUAAUACUAGAACUUAAGUCAAUUGAACAUAAAAACGUGCUUAAAGUCUUUGGUCUUACAUUUGUUGAUAUUUCAGCGGUACUUGCCCGGAAUAUGUUUGAUAAACAACUUCAAGUGCCUUGGAGUGGCACUAUCAGGCAUGUGGAAACUUCAAUGCACAACGGCAUUCCAAAAUUAACUAAUAUUUGGAUGUCGAAAUUUAGAUUACCUAAUAAAUUCUCAUUUGUUGAGUAUUGUCCUCCCGAGAUUUUAUCAUCGAGUGAUAUUAUUCCUAACAAAAUGAAAUUAGACAUUUAUAGAUUAGGUGUACUUUUGUGGGAAAUUUCUAGUAAUGGUAUUGAACCUUUCAGUAAAAGCUGUGAUCAGCUUUCUUUAAUUAAUGAUAUUAAAAAUGGUAUUCAUAACCGACCUAAUUGUGCGAAUAUUCUUGUUGAAUUAAAUGCACAAAGGACAACUACAAAAUCUAAUAGAUAUAGUGACCCUAGUUCAAAAUAUGAAAUAUUGAAGGUAGAAUUCGUUAAUCAUUUCAGCUUAAAUAAAGGUAGAAAUUAUAACAAGUAUGAUUUUGUCCAUGGUGAAGGGAUUAUUUUACGUGAUGAUGGAGAAUUAAAGGUACAAAAAACUUUCCAAUCAUCUCCAAUUAUUUAUUUUUCGAAAAAAGGUUCUGUAACUUCUGAUGUAGCUAUGGAAGUAGAACCAGAAAAAGAUUAUAUAAGGAUCAAUAUUCCAAUUUGUACAGUUCAAUACCAAAUUACAGAGAUAGUCAUUGGUGGUGCAAUUACUAUUAAAAACUGGUCCAAGAUUGAUGAUACAAAUAAAUCUCGCUUAAAGACCUACUUUCAAUGGGGUAUUGACUAUGCAAAAGGCAAAAGAUUAGAGAUUUUUGAAGAUGUGUUACUAGAUGGCUUGCCUCCACUUCCUUCAUUUGAAGCUUCGGAAACUAUGAAAAGUGUUGGAGAUUUAUACGCUUGGCUUAAAAAUUUGUAUAGUUAUAAAAAUUUGGAGAUUAUAUCAUAUGAAAACUUCAAACCGUCCUAUCAAUCAUUGCCAGAUGAUUUGAUUCAACAAAUAUUUGAAUGUUCUAAUCUUCAACAUUUAAGCAAGUCCUGUUCAGCAUUAGUUCCUCAUAUACCCUCUCAAUAUGAUAGUAAAGAUGCUUUAGAAUGGAUAAAGAUGACGAAACCUCCAUCAGAAUUAUACAUGCGGGACUGUAUACAAAAUAAUUUAUUGCAACAUGGUAUACUUUUACAGUGUUCAAAGUUAGGACAUGGCAUAAAACCUGCACUAAAAUUUUUGAUGGAACCUAAAAUAACUCCGAUGAAUAAAGUUACUAUUUUAAUAUCACAGCCAAAAACCCUCCAAGCAGUAUAUCUAUUGGAAAAUGGCGUUAUUUUAAAAGAGGAUGAAUUAGAACUUGAUAGUAUCCCUUUUUCUGAGUACAGUUCAUUACUUAAUCGUCCUUUAGAGGAUUUCAAUAAUUCUAAAAAUUAUUCAGAAAAAAUUUAUUGCCAAAUAAUUUUUCAUGCGUUAAAGAUUUCUUUUGAUCCUUCAAGCAUCAAAUGCUUAGAACAAUUUUCAGAUGCGGUUAACUCCGCUUUAGAAAGCUAUGAACCAUUUAAAGGUCUCUGCAAGUUGUUUGGAAAUGACUACGGACAUUUAUUACCAAGAACUUUUACUUUAGGCGGAGUUUUAUCAAAGACAUUUAAGUCAUGUGAUGACUUAACAAACUUUAUUCAUGAACGACAAUUUGAAUUCGAAGGAAAUGAUCCAGAUGCGCCUCGGGAAAUUGAGGAAAUUUUAAAAAUAUGGAAUGGUGAAUCUCAAGAUAUUGAUACUUCAUUGUUUCUUGAUUAUGAUGGAAAUAUUGUUCAUCGUAAUAAUAUUGGGGAUUGGUGGAAAACUCUUGCAGAUAGUCCUAAUAAUUGGAAAGUUACAUCAUCAGAAGAUUGGAUACCAUUAUACAAGAUUUUAAAUAAUGCGCAUAAAAUUGAAGCAAUUUUGGAUGAUAACUAUCAUAUUGUUUUUAAUGGGGAAAAUUCACUAUAUAAUAAUCAAACUACGGUAAUUAUAAAUUUUCCUGGGCCAAUUGAAAAUACCUAUUAUAUUUUUGGAAACGUCGUGGAGGAAAAUAAUAAAGGCGGAUGGGAAAGAGUUCCGGAUAUUACAGUUCGUUUUGACUAUCAAAAUAAACAUGGAUGCGCUGCAUAUAUUCUCAAAAAUAGUGACAAUUUAAAACUUAUUUGGUUCGUGCUCGCUAAACCAAACGGAUACUAUAGUAAUAAAAACAGAAACGUUAAGCUCGCUUAUGGAGAACUUGACAUUGACGGCAACCAAUCUAAUGUUACAUUAAAUAGUGAAAAUAUAUCUUCAAAUUGUGUUCUUAUGACUUCAUUUGUUUCCAGAACACUAAAAGACACGGUCAUUUAUGAUACUAUACUCAAGGAUUGGACAAAAGCGACAAUUGAAUUAGAAAUUCAGAGAGAAGAACGGGAUGAUAAUUCAAACCAGAAAGUUAUAAAGAAGAUUGGAUUAAUUGACGCUUCAGAUGAAGAUUCAAGCGACGAUUCUGAAAGUACUAUCGAGAAUAAUUCAGAACGAAACCCUCAAGAAAAGAUGACUCUUAGGUGGUGUAUAGUUUAUGCAAACGAAAGAGAACCAAUGAAAAGUGAAGAUAAAGGAACAUACCCAUGGAAUGCAUUUGGAAUCGUUCUUAAUGACAACUUUAAAAAAGAUUAA